AUGAACCAAUGGCCCUUGGCCAGCAGAACUCCGUUGCUCACGCUCUCAUUAAAGAUCAUAUCCUCGAGCUGCGCAGGCCACUGGUGCUCCUCCACGUUUGCAGGUUUUGGGUACGCAGACUGGUCGAUCUCGAUCCAAAGGAACAUCCCCGAGUCCGGCAAAUUCCACGAACACAGCGAUUUGUCAAGGUACUUGUUGAAUGCAUCGUCCAAAAUGCCCCGUCUUUUCAGAUAG